AACACCCAGCUUGUCAGUAGGUUUGUGUCCUUUUGGCUGACCGCAUGACUCCGUAUCUCGCUUCGUCGCUGUACUCGUUGUAAUACAGCACGCGCUUAAGAACGCUUCCGCCAGACGCUUCAAACUAACGCCGGAGUUUGUGAACUGUUGAAAGAACGUUUAAAGAAACUUGUAGAGGAGUUGGCAAGUUUGGGUGCUCGGGUGACAGCACGACGAGCAUAAGGUUACGUUGCCCUGCUGUAGCCAGGAGAUAAUUUGCGAAAAGAUUUUAGCCCGGAGUCAUAUCAGUAUAUAGGAGCUAACUUAAAAAGUUGAGCCCCGCACCGCACCGGCUUGCUCGCUGACCGCCGAGCCGCUAAUUUCGCUUUUUCGCGCCUCACCGUCGCCCGCCCAGAUCCGCCCCGACCGCCGCUAUGCUCGCGCACCAAACACCGCUCGCCCUCUGCUAAACUCAACCGUCAACAUCGAUACGAACGCGUGUGAUAAUAAUUUAAUACUCGCCUAAAUAAGCUUGCAACUUCGGUGUCUUUAUUCUAACUUAAUUGUAGGAUUAAUCAUAAUAGUAACGCAUCGCAACUCAACGCAAACAGUCAAACCGGUCGUUGCGUCACCGCGACAUUCGCGAUAAAGUACGCGUGUGAAGUAGUGUGUGGUUGUGAGGGUGUGCGGGUGCCGACUAGUGGCUGAAGACAGCGACUAGGAAGUGUAAGGAGUGCAUGCCCAGAGCGCCAGUGCGCGCUCACCCUCCUCGGCCUAUGCCCCGCAGUCGAUCCACGUAACUCCGUGCGCGACCUCCGCAUCCUACUCAAGUGGCAGCGAUGGCCACCAUGGUGAACAUGAAUAGCCUUCUGAACGGCAAGGACUCACGCUGGCUGCAGCUCGAAGUGUGUCGCGAGUUCCAACGGAAUAAGUGCUCGCGGCCGGACACCGAGUGCAAGUUCGCACAUCCCCCAGCGACCGUCGAGGUGCAAAAUGGACGGGUCACCGCCUGUUACGACAGUAUCAAGGGUCGGUGUAACCGAGAGAAGCCGCCUUGCAAGUACUUCCAUCCGCCCCAGCAUCUGAAGGACCAGCUGCUGAUCAACGGUCGAAACCACUUAGCUUUGAAGAACGCCCUAAUGCAGCAGAUGGGGCUAACGCCGGGCCAGGUGCUGCCCGGCCAGGUCCCCACCGUGGUGGGCGGCGUGAGCGGCACCGGCGCGGCCGCGAGCCACAUCGCCGCGUUGGACCCGAUCACUCUCGCCCUGCUCGCCCCGCAGGCGACAUCGCCGUACCUGUCGGGCGUGCCGGGCUCGACGUACGCGCAGUACUACGCGCCGCAGCUCAUGCCGGCGGUGCUGGGCCACGACCCGAACGCCGCCGCCGCCUCGCCGCUCGGCGUCAUGCAGCAGCCCGUGCUUCAGCAAAAGCUGCCACGCACCGACCGUCUCGAGACGGCCGCAGCAGCGCAGCAGCCGGCAGCGAGCGCGACUUCGGAGCCGGGCAAGAAACGGCCGGCGCCCGCCGAGCUCGAGCCGCCACCGAUGGACAUGAAGAGCGUCGGAUCCUUCUAUUAUGAUAAUUUCGCCUUUCCCGGUGUGGUGCCGUACAAACGACCCGCCGCCGACAAAGCGGGCGUCCCCGUGUACCAGCCGGCGACGACGUACCAGCAACUGAUGCAGCUGCAGCAGCCGUUCGUGCCCGUGUCAUGUGAGUACCCCGCGCCCGUCUCGUCCGCCCCCCCGACCGCGGGCACGCCGUCCGCCGCCUCGCUGGCGCCCACGCCGACGCCCACGCCGGCGCCGGCGCCGCCGCCGCAGCCCGCGCCGCCGCCGCCGGCGCAGCCCGCCUCGCCCGCGCCCGCCGGCGCCGACCCGCAGCACGACCCGGCGCAGGUGGCGAAGGAGGUGGCCCACAAGAACUACGCGGCGGCGCUCGCGCUGGCCGCGCAGCAGUCGGCCAUGGCGCACGCGGCGGCCGCGUACACGCAGCAGGCCUUCAAGGCGCGCGCGGGCAUGCCGGCGGGCCUCAUGCGCGCACCCUUCAUGAUGCCGCGCGGCUGGCCCGCGCCGCCCAUGCCCAUGCAAGCCUACUACCAGCAGCCGUACAUGUACGCGAUGCCUCCUCCCACGCCGCCGGCGGCGGCAGCCGCGGCCGCCGCCGCCGCGGCCGCGGUCAACCCCUACAAAAAGAUGAAAACGACAUAAGCGGGGCUCGGCAGGCUCCCGCGGGCGGAGGGGCGCGGGGCGCGGGGUCUCCGCGUAGAGACUCGUACUGUGUGGCCGAGUGUGAGCCCCGGCCUGUCGGGGCGGUUAGCGCUAGGCGUGUUGUCACAUUUGUAUUGUAUUAUUGUAAGGACGAGGCGAGAGGAUUCGCCCUCGCCGAAGUCUCCGUAGUGUAACGCUAUAUCUAUUCUAUUGUGUAUUCUACUCACUUACCGUUAUUAUCUUAUGCGUGUAUAUUUCUCGUAUCUACGAUCCCGGUAAUAAUAACGCUUGAAUGCAUGAC